GACUCCAUCGUUUUCUCAACUCCCACCUCCACCCAUGGCUCUGGAAGCGCGGCUCCGCCUCCCGCUCGCCAGGCCAACUCCGGCCACCGCGUUCCUCUCAGGAUCCAACCCCAAGCAGACCCACCUAUCCUUCUCCAUCAAGACCACCUCAACCUCUCUCUCCGCCGCCAAUGCGCCGCCGCCCAUCGUCGUCGUGGGCUCCGCCAACGCCGACAUCUACGUGGAGGUCGACCGCCUCCCGCUCGUCGGCGAGACGGUCGCCGCGCGCGCCGGACACAGCCUCGCGGGCGGGAAGGGCGCUAAUCAGGCCGCCUGCGGGGGCCGGCUCGCGCUGGGGCCCACCUACCUCGUGGCGCGCGUGGGGAACGACGCCAACGGGCGCCUGCUCGAGGGCGCCCUCGCGGACGCCGGCGGCGUCCGCCUCGACCGCGUCGCUCGAGCACCCGACGCGCCCUCCGGCCACGCUGUUGUCAUGCUCAUGCCGGACGGGCAGAACUCCAUCAUCAUCGUUGGCGGCGCCAACAUGGAGGGCUGGGCCUCGGAGGUCGACCCGGAGGACCUGGACCUGAUCCGGCAGGCCGGCGUUCUACUUCUGCAACGGGAGAUACCCGAUUGGGUCAACAUUCAGGUCGCUCAGGCUGCAAAAGGCGCAGGUGUGCCUGUUAUCUUGGAUGCAGGUGGAAUGGAUGCUCCUGUCCCUGGAGAAUUACUGGGGCUGGUGGAUAUUUUUAGUCCAAAUGAAACAGAGCUAGCACGUUUGACUGGAAUGCCCACCGAAACUUUUGAACAGAUCAGCCAGGCAGCAGGAGCAUGCCAUAAAAUGGGUGUCAAAGAAGUUUUGGUCAAACUUGGGUCACAAGGAUCUGCUCUGUUUGUCGAGGGAGAGGAACCAAUUAGGCAGGCGAUAAUACCUGCCACAGAAGUAGUUGAUACCACUGGUGCCGGUGACACCUUCACCUCAGCUUUUGCUGUAGCUCUGGUGGAGGGGAAGCCUAAGCAAGAGUGCAUGAGAUUUGCUGCUGCUGCCGCCUCACUGUGUGUUCGAGUAAAGGGAGCCAUACCUAGUAUGCCUGACAGAGAAUCCGUGAUGAGCCUUCUAGAAUCUGCGCAAGCUGAAUAAAUGAAGAAAAUAUCAUCUGCUUCAGCUUAGCCAUAUUCAUCAACAAUAAUGAUCUCCGGGGCAUGCGGAAUUCGACGGAUCCAACGAGCCUCUCCUAAACCCCGGUGUGCUGCCCCCAGUAAUGUGCACUAGCAGCCUCAAAAUGGAAACGCUAUUUUUCCGUCUUCCCCCCACGGCCAAAUAAAAAGAUGAUGGCAUGUAGGUGUGGACGCAUCCUGAAUAAAAUGGCGAAUGGUUUAGCUUCAAA